CUUUCCUUUGCUUUUCCCAUAAUUAUAAACAUCACCACCACCCUCUCUCCACCUCCAUUGUCUUUUUCAUUUUCUCUCACCUUUUCCCAUCAUCCAAGCAGGCACGCACCAGAAAACAUUGUAAUAAAGCAGCAUGUUCUGCCCGCUCUGAUGCCCACGAUCACCAGCUACAGCCAACCAGUCGGAGGCUUAACGUGAAUUACCAGACAGCUUGAUCCUGGCAACUGAAUCAUGAACUCGCCGGCCAUCGACCUCGAAGCCGAGGCUUCCUCCGGCAGCAGCUCCGACAUCAGCAGCCAAGUCGCUUCCAACAUAUUCACCCAAGCCGCCGCCGCCGCCUUCUCAGAGCCACUUUCCCUCGACUUAACUCUCACCUGCAACUCCACGAAAGAAGACUCAGCCGCAAGAGAUUCAGCGGCCUUCAUCUCAUCAAUAUCAAGCACAAGCGACAGCAGCAACGAGCCUGCCCCAACCGCCGCGCCCCGAGUCUUCCCUUGCAAUUACUGCCACCGGAAAUUCUUCAGCUCGCAGGCCCUCGGCGGCCACCAGAACGCCCACAAGCGGGAGCGAACGCUCGCCAACCGGGCCAUGCGAAUGCCCAUUUUUACCCACCGGUCGAUCGGAAUAAUCAAGGCGCAUUCGGCUUUGCACCGAGGAUUUGCAGCGCCGUUUGAGUUCAGAAGCGGCGCAAGAUUCGAACGAGCGCCGAUUUUCUUUGCCGACGGCGAGGUGGAGCUGCUGUGGCCGGGGAGCUUCCGGCGGAUGGAGGAAGAAGGCGUUCCUGAUCGGUCGAGAUUCACGGUGGCCGGAAGUUCGAAUGUGAUCAAUUUGGUAGAGGCGAGUUGGCCGGCGGAGAUGGAGGAAGCUGCCCCGGAUCUUACUCUGAGACUCUGAGAAGAUUGCCGCUUUAUAGAAGCCUGUAGUUUUCCGUUAUGUUUGAUCUUUUUUGUAUAGUGAAAUUAACAUGGAUGGGCCGCCAUUGCUGCAAGCUCCACGGCUUACAGUGAGUCUUCUUCUUUGCUUUGGCGUUCUGAUACAUUUCUGUAUGUUUUCCCAGAAUAUAAUUAAGGGUUUUGCAUGAAUUAUUUGCCAAAUAUCAGAUGGGUUGUGCUAU